AUGUUCAAGUUCAGCCUUUCGCCGGGACCUCCUUUUGAGGAGUUCUAUGUGAAUCAGAAACUGACACUCACUGUAUCUCCAGAGGACCUGUCCGACCUGCCCAAGGUCAUCCACGUCCGGAUCCGCGAGAUGAUCUCAAACACCAUGUCCUUCACCAUGCUGGUCGACAUCCUCGACCGCGACGACGACAUAUCCCUCACCGGCACCUCGACCUUCUUCCUCAAGCUCUUCGACCGGCGCUUCUCCAAGGCCUUUCGCGACCAAGUGCCCUGGUCGACCGCCAGGGAGCGUGCGUUCGUCAAGGCAGCCACCAUCGGAAGAGAGGGGCUCGACGGCUUCGUCUUCAGCAUCUGCGCUCUCGAGAACUACCGAGAGCAGACGGCGCAGGCCUGGACUGUGGCCCAGAGGGAGGCCUGCCUGGCCGUGGACAUCGCAGAUGUCUACUACGACGAGCUGUCCGUAUACGAUGCUCUCCAGGACUUUCAAGGGCAGAGCAUCCCGCGGUUCGUUGCCUCUCUGGAGCUCGACAUCAGCCCUCUGGGGGUAGACGUCCCGCCGCGAGAUCCAAAUGCCGCCUUUGCCACCUUCGAGCCGUUUAUAGUCAAGGGCAUACUCCUGGAACGCAUCGAGGGCUUCACCCUCUGGGACAUGCCCGACCGUGGUGUACCGCGGUGGCAGUGGCAGGGCCUCGUCGACAAGGCGCGACGUAUGCUGGACAUACUCGACGACAACGAGAUCCUCAACAUGGACGUGCAGCCGCAGAACUUUAUCGUGGCUCCCCUGACCGACAAGCCCGAGUCUACCGAUGACUACAAGGUCUACAUGAUCGACUUCGGCAUGUGCAGGUUCCGUGAGGAAAACGAGUCGAACCUUGUUUGGUCGGUGGCCAAGAACACGUACAAUGGGGACGGGAGGCUGUUUUACUGGAUGAACAUUAGGUUGGAGAGAGAGGGCUUCGUGCUCCGGAACGACGGUUUCCCAGGGUAUAGACCAUGGGAUCCGUCACUCUUGGAUGCCAUGUGA